UGGGUUGGAGAGGCGUUGUGUUGGUGACGGUGACGGCAGUAACUAUGAUGAUGGCGACAAUCUCCAACACUGCCACAGCACAGUAUUCCCCAGAGGCUCCGCCACAGGUAUACGACUACAAAUGCGAGUCUACAGAGAACGACCCGGACGCCGACUGCAUCUUCGGGGUGGCUGGUAAAGACUACCCAACCCUGAGACAGGUCCCUACCACCUCCUUCACCUGCCAUGACCUUUUACCCGGAAUAUACGCUGACCCUGAUGCCGCCUGUCAGGUGUACCACAUGUGUCUCCACGGAGGCGCCCUUCAUUCCUUCCUGUGUCCCAAUGGAACGCUCUUCAACCAGGAGUACUUCGUCUGUGACCUCUGGUUUAACGUGGACUGUGCCAGAGCAACAUCCUUCUACGCUCUAAACCAGUACAUUUAUAAGGACCCUGAACCCAAGGACACUAAAACAACCUACACUUAAAAAA